AUGUCGAACUCUGAAACUCGCAAACGUCCUCGGUUAUCUGACGAUGCGGAGGACGGGGAAGCAGGAAGAGUGAAAAACGACGAGUUCUGGUAUGAGGACGGGAGCAUCACCCUGGUAGCAGAAGGCGUCGAGUUCCGAGUCUACAAAGGGGUCCUCGCCAAUGCGUCCCCCAUCUUCAAAGAUAUGUUCACCCUCCCUGAGAUUCCCUCAUCUCCCGACGCUACCAAUACUGUCGUACUCCAAGACUCCGCGGACGACGUUCGGCGGAUGCUCCGGUUGGUGCUCCCAAGAGACUGCGUACACAUCGCUGGACCGUUGGAGAUGUGGGACAUUAGUGCCGGAAUACGCCUGGGCCACAAAUACGAUAUAAGGACGCUCGUCGACCACCUCACCAAGCGCCUCGGCGAGUACUACACUUCUUCCUGGACCGCCUGGCGCUCGCCCUCGAGGGAGAAAGUGCCGAGCAGCUUCAAGGGCACCGCGGCCAUCGCCGUGAUCAACAUCGCGAGACUCACGGGCGCAAACUGGCUCCUUCCCGCGGCGUUCCUGGAGUGCUGCCUCCUCCUUCCGCGGGAGCUCCUCGCGGGGUUCAAGCGAGGGGACGGCACGAUGGAGCGUCUCUCGACCGAAGACCUCGCGACGUGCCUCGAGGCGACCCCAAACCUCUUGGAAACGCACGCCAUAGCGGUCGGCCGUCUCUCCGCAGAAAACGACGCCUGCCCGAACGAGUGCGGCGCCCCGCUGCGCGAGCUCCACGAAGAGCCGGUUCACUUUAUCACACACGCGCUCGAUCACCCUGACAUCACGCAGACAAUGAUUGGCUUCUAUUCCGCGGCCUCGGAGAACCUCUGCUCGGAGUGUGCGGAGAGGCUGCAGGAGAUGGACCUCAAGAUACGUCAGGCGUCGUUCAUGUUGUUGCCCCAGGUCUUCGGACUCGCUGUUGACGGGUGGGGAUCGGAGACGGGGAAGGGCGAGCAACUUGUGGACGGCUGA